GGUCGUCGCCUCACUGUUACACCUGGAUUUUUGCACAUAAUUAUUGAGAGAUUAGUAUAGAUAUUUAAAGAGUUAUGUAGUGUUUCGAAUGGAUAUGUAAUCGAUUUUCUCUAUAGAUUUUUCAGGAAUUAAAUAUUAAACCUUGUAGAUUAUUUCAGGUUCAAAAUGUCGUCAUCUGCAAUAUACAUAUUGGAUGUCAAAGGUAAAGUCCUAAUUUCGAGGACCUAUCGUGGCGAUGUGGACUUGAGUGUCAUUGAUAAGUUUAUGCCUCUGUUGAUGGAGAAGGAAGAAGAAGGCAUGUUAACUCCACUAUUACAGACCAACGAAUGUACUUUUGCAUAUAUAAAGACCAACAACUUGUAUAUUGUAUCUACUUCCAAGAAAAAUGCAAAUAUUGCAUUAGUAUUUGUAUUUUUGUAUAAGAUUGUUGAAGUUAUGAGUGAAUAUUUUAAAGAACUUGAGGAGGAAAGUAUCCGUGAUAAUUUUGUUGUAAUUUAUGAGCUCCUUGAUGAAUUGAUAGAUUUUGGAUAUCCCCAGACCACAGAUAGCAAGAUACUACAAGAGUAUAUAACUCAAGAGGGUCACAAGUUGGAAAUGCAACCUAGAAUUCCUAUGGCAGUCACAAAUGCUGUGUCAUGGAGGUCAGAAGGUAUAAAAUAUCGCAAAAAUGAAGUAUUUCUUGAUGUCAUUGAAUCAGUUAAUUUAUUAGCUAACUCAAAUGGAAAUGUACUACGCAGUGAAAUAGUGGGAGCUAUAAAAAUGAGAGUCUACUUGUCUGGAAUGCCAGAGCUUCGUCUUGGUUUAAAUGAUAAGGUUCUAUUUGAAAGUACUGGCCGCGGGAAGUCAAAAUCAGUUGAAUUAGAAGAUGUAAAGUUCCAUCAAUGUGUGAGGCUUUCCAGGUUUGAGAAUGACAGGACUAUUUCAUUUAUUCCACCAGAUGGUGAGUUUGAACUGAUGUCAUACAGGCUAAAUACUCAUGUGAAGCCUCUCAUUUGGAUCGAAUCUGUUAUUGAGAGACAUGCUCAUUCAAGAGUAGAGUAUAUGAUCAAAGCUAAGUCACAGUUCAAAAGACGUUCAACUGCUAAUAAUGUUGAGAUAAUUAUACCAGUCCCUGCUGAUGCAGACUCACCAAAAUUUAAAACAACUAUUGGUAGUGUAAAGUAUACGCCUGAACAAAAUGCCAUAACUUGGUCAAUUAAAUCAUUCCCAGGUGGUAAAGAGUACUUAAUGAGAGCUCACUUUGGCCUACCCUCUGUGGAGUGUGAGGAAACUGAUGGCAAACCACCAAUCCAAGUCAAGUUUGAGAUACCAUACUUUACGACUUCUGGUAUUCAGGUCCGUUACCUAAAAAUUAUUGAGAAGAGUGGUUAUCAAGCAUUGCCAUGGGUCAGAUAUAUAACACAAAAUGGAGACUAUCAAUUAAGAACCAAUUAGUAUAUUAAGAGAUUUUUUGUUCGAUUAAGAUUAUUUUUGUUUUAAAUCAUCCUUAUUUCUACUCAAUUGAGUUAUAACUGAUUUUAAUGAAAAUUUUCUUAAGAACUAUGAAGUUUAUUGUUACAUUCCUUAUAUUUAUAACUAUGUGUAUUUUAAUUCAAUAAAGUAUUUUAACCUUUGUAUUUUGACAAAUUAAAUUGUUGUAAUCUAAA